AUGGGUAGGACUGAACGGGCUUUCCAAAACAAGCUUCAGACUUUAGAGCAGCAAAGAGCUCAACAUGGGCUAAGAGCACUUUUGGGGAUCCACGUGGACUAUGUUCUUAUUAACAUCCACCAAAAAAAACAAACAGCAGUCUGUGGCUGGCAGCUGUCUCUUCUGCUUUUAACUGUUGUGCCAACUAUUGCUGUAACAGGAAUGAUUCAAAUGAAGAUUCUGGCUGGACAUGCAAAUAAAGAUAAAAAGGAAGUGGAAAUUGCAGGAAAGGUUGCUUCUGAAGCCGUAGGAAACAUUCGAAUUGUUGUUACUUUGAUUCAGGAAAGAAAAUUUGAGCUUAUAUAUGGACAAUGUUUGCAAGCAUCACACAGAAAUUCUGUAAAGAAGGCACAUAUCCUUGGAUUUGCUUUUGCCUUUACACAAGCUAUUAUUACUUAUGUUGGGUAUUGAAGGUUUGGUGCCUAUCUGUUGAGAAAUGGGCAUGUUUUUGUAAGGAGAGUAUACCUAGUGUUUUCUGCAGUUGUGUUUGGUGCAAGGGCACUAGGACAAAGCAUUUCUUUCACUCCAGACUAUGCCCAAGCCAAAAAGUUGGCUACCUACUUGUUUAUGCUGUUUCAUAGAAUCACAGAAUGGGGUCCGAACCAGACAUCAGGGGUCACGGUGUCUCACCUCCAAGGCCACAGAAACAUCACAUCUGUCAUUGCUCCAUCACAGGAAGCUCUGGAUGAAGCCCCAGAAGGCUGCACCUGCAUCGUGAUAGCUCACCACCAUGGUCCAGAGGGCAAGGGAUCUAUUGGCAGCUCCUGGCUGAAAAAGGCAUCUACUGUUCUCUGGUCAAUGUUCAAUGCAGGCCGUGCAACAUGUGAUAGGGCAGUACCUGCUGCUGAAGUGGAGCUGUACAGCUGGUUCUGUGCUUUGGAUGAGACUAUUAAGGAUGUUUCACUGCUCCUGGUCUUGGCAGAAUUCUGUAAAUAG